GUGGCACCCUCGCCGUUUGCUGAGGCCUCGGCGCCAGGCCACCUCCCUCACAAUGACAUAUUUUUCCACCUGUCUACCCCAAAAUUUGUUGUCUUCCCUAUGCUCAUCUACAUCAUCGACCAUCACAUCCGCCUCCACUGUGACCAUGGGUGGUCUGGCCAUUGCGAUCUGCCCAUCGCCUCCAAAGACCCAUGCGUCACCGCAUCUGCGAACCCCCUGCACAACACCUCCGACCAUCGUUUCACAAGCCCCUGCCCGUUCUGACAUGGACAACUUGAGACGGUGCUAGGCCCGAACAGGCCCGCUUUCCACUUUGCGCGUGCAUCCCAUUCGUCUCCACGACUGGACCAAGUCGCUGGUGCAGGACGCUGUUAUCGAUUGUACUGACUUGACAGCCCAUGAGCCCUCUGUGUCGUCGCUUUGCGUCUAAAUUUGGAAUGCCAAACAGAAAAUGUGGAAAGCGCGACCCACACAGGACUUCGACAGCGGGUGCGAGGGGAGGCGCCGUAAAGCCGAUGAGAAUCUCCCGCGCCGGAGAUGGCUGGUGUCGUGCAGAUACUCCGGCACCCCAACGUGGUCUAGCCGACAAUGUACGGGGAUAUCGAACUUCGCGGCGGCUGGUG